GCGGGCACUUCCGCUCCAGGGAAGAGGGGGCGGUUGUCACGGCAUAUUCCACGGUAGUUUCUUCCAGUUCCGCGACUCGCGGGCCCCUCCUAAUGUCAGGGACUUAAGAUUGGGGCUCGCUGGGACCUGGUGGUCCGGUUAUGGGAAAAGAAGCCUCGUGGGAGAGCAGAGGUUUGGUGGGGCAAGGGCGGCGGCUUUUGUUGUGUCAGCGGAGCCUUCUUGGGCUGGGGCUCCCCUCGUGUCCCGCGGCGGGAGGCGGGGGGCAUUGGGACUUGGUUGGGUCGCGUCUCGCCUGGUUUGAGGGUUUCCGGGGCUCUGAGCUCGCCCACUCCGCCUCCCUGCACUCCAGGCGCGCAGUCACUUUUUUACAGUGCAAGGUUGGCAUGUUAAUCUCCCUGGGCCUCUCCUUGCUGUUCUUUAAAAUGGGGACGUCAGGACCAUCUUUGUAGAAUCGUUUUGGUAACUGGAAUAGGUUACACAACACAAGCAGUCCCUGUCACUUGGACGCUGGACGAUCCCGGACGCCUUCUGACCUCCUUUUAGGAAGGCGAGGGUUGCGUCCACUUCCACGAAGGGAGGGGAGCAUUUAACUUUUCUCAGGGACAGCGACCCAGUCAGGAUGUUUCACAGCUUUCUCCUUCCCCAGCCUGAAAAAGGACUGCGCGGACUGACUUCUUGGCUACUGAAAGCAAAGCUCCACUGUUCCAGGCACGAUUCUGCCUUCUCUCAAAUGGCAUAACUCAGGACUCUGCAAAUUCCCAGAAACAGGAGGAAAAAUGACCACAUUCAAGGAGGGACUGACCUUCAAGGAUGUGGCUGUGGUCUUCACUGAGGAGGAGCUGGGGCUGCUGGACCCUGUCCAGAGGAAUCUGUACCAAGAUGUGAUGCUGGAGAACUUCAGGAACCUGCUGUCAGUGGGGCAUCACCCCUUCAAACAUGAUGUAUUCCUUUUAGAAAAGGAAAAAAAGCUUGAUAUAAUGAAGACAGCAAUUCAAAGAAAAGGGAAAUCAGCAGACAAGAUCCAAAGUGAGGUGGAGACUGUUCCAGAAGCAGGACGACAUGAAGAGCUUUACUGGGGGCAAAUCUGGAAACAGAUUGCAAGUGAUUUAAUCAAGUAUGAAGACUCUAUGAUAAGUAUUUCUCGGUUCCCCAGACAAGGUGAUUUGUCCUGCCAGGUUAGGGCAGGACUAUAUACAACUCACACAGGACAGAAACUUUACCAAUGUGAUGAGUACAAAAAAUCCUUCACUGAUGUCUUCAACUUUGAUCUUCAUCAACAAUUACACUCAGGAGAGAAGUCUCAUACAUGUGAUGAGUGUGGAAAAAGCUUCUGUUACAUCUCAGCCCUUCAUAUUCAUCAGAGAGUCCACAUGGGAGAGAAACGCUAUAAGUGUGACGUGUGUGGUAAGGAAUUUAGUCAGAGCUCACAUCUUCAAACUCAUCAGAGAGUCCACACUGUAGAGAAACCAUUCAAAUGUGUGGAAUGUGGGAAAGGCUUCAGUCGUAGAUCAACACUUACUGUACAUUGCAAAUUACACUCAGGAGAGAAACCUUACAAUUGUGAGGAAUGUGGGAGGGCCUUCAUACAUGCUUCCCAUCUUCAGGAACAUCAGAGAAUCCAUACUGGGGAGAAACCAUUCAAAUGUGAUACAUGUGGUAAGAACUUCCGUCGUAGAUCAGCACUUAAUAAUCAUUGCAUGGUCCACACAGGAGAGAAACCAUACAAAUGUGAGGACUGUGGUAAGUGUUUCACUUGUAGCUCAAACCUUCGUAUCCAUCAAAGGGUCCACACAGGAGAGAAACCUUACAAGUGUGAAGAAUGUGGUAAGUGCUUUAUUCAGCCUUCACAAUUUCAGGCCCAUCGGAGAAUCCACACUGGAGAGAAACCAUAUGUAUGUAAAGUGUGUGGUAAGGGUUUCAUUUACAGUUCAAGUUUUCAGGCCCAUCAGGGAGUCCACACUGGAGAGAAGCCAUACAAAUGCAAUGAGUGUGGGAAGAGCUUCAGAAUGAAAAUUCAUUAUCAAGUGCAUCUGGUAGUCCACACAGGGGAAAAACCCUAUAAAUGUGAAGUAUGUGGUAAAGCCUUCCGUCAGAGUUCAUAUCUUAAAAUCCAUCUGAAAGCACAUAGUGUACAGAAACCUUUUAAGUGUGAAGAGUGUGGGCAGGGCUUCAAUCAGAGCUCACGACUUCAGAUUCACCAGCUGAUCCAUACCGGCGAGAAACCAUACAAAUGUGAAGAGUGCGGAAAGGGAUUUAGUCGUAGAGCAGAUCUUAAAAUUCAUUGUAGGAUCCACACAGGGGAGAAACCAUAUAAUUGUGAGGAGUGUGGGAAGGUCUUCAGUCAGGCCUCGCAUCUUCUAACCCAUCAGAGAGUUCACAGUGGGGAAAAACCAUUUAAAUGUGAAGAGUGUGGGAAGAGCUUCAGUCGGAGUGCACACCUUCAAGCCCAUCAAAAAGUCCACACUGGAGAAAAGCCAUACAAAUGUGGGGAGUGUGGAAAGGGCUUCAAGUGGAGCUUGAACCUUGACAUGCAUCAGAGGGUGCACACAGGAGAAAAACCCUAUACAUGUGGGGAGUGUGGGAAGCACUUCAGUCAGGCCUCAAGUCUCCAACUUCAUCAGAGUGUCCACACAGGAGAGAAACCAUACAAAUGUGAUGUGUGUGGUAAAGUCUUCAGUCGGUCUUCACAAUUACAGUAUCAUAGGCGAGUUCACACUGGGGAAAAACCUUACAAAUGUGAGAUAUGUGGUAAGAGGUUCAGCUGGCGAUCAAAUCUUGUAAGUCAUCACAAAAUUCAUGCUGCUGGUACAUUUUAUGAAAAUGAUAAGAAUAGUAAGAACAUCAGAGAGUUGUCAGAGGGAGGAAGUUCUACAAGGUGAUUAAAAAAAAAAAAAAAACAGAACUCAUGUACAACCUGAAUGCUUGUAAUCAGAUUUCAUAGGAGAGAAAAAUUUUCUUUAUCAACCUCUUUGAAUUUAUUUGAUUUGUAACGCUCCACAUUUCCACCUAGACUUUUUUUUGUUUUUUAUUUUUUGGUUUGAAACGGAGUCUCGCUCUGUUGCCCAUGCUGGAUGCAGUGGUGCGAUCUCAGCUCACUGCAACCUCCACUUCCCGGGCUCAAGUGAUUCUCCUGCCUCAGUGGAUUACAGGUGCACACCACCACGCCUGGCUAAUUUUUGUAUUUUUAGUAGAGAUGGAGUUUCACCAUACUGACCAGGCUGGUCUCAAACUCCUGACCUCAUGUGAUCCACCCACCUCGGCCUCCCAAAGUGCUGGGAUUACAGGCAUGAGCCACCGCCCCUGGCCUCCAUCUAGACUUUGAAAUGAUUGCCUUCUAAUUACAGUAGCAUUCUCUUAUUUAAAAUAUUUGUUUUAUUUAAGUCAGUGUUUAAGCAAUAGCUCAACAUAUCCCAGUGGUCCAGUGACCACACAUCUGAGAACCCUUGUUAAGUGGUACAGUAAAGCAUUCUGUCAAAACUUUGACAUUUAUGACAUGUUACCUAGGAAAUAGGAUUUAGAAAAUGAGUUUGACCUGGGCUUUAAAAAAGUAUACUGAUGAAGGUGCCAGAAUUGAUGUCCAUUAGACUGUAAGCUCCAUGGGGGCAGGAACUUUGCUGCUGAAUCUAUACAACCUUAACAUUGACUAGUGCUUGUAGGUGUGCUCAAUACUUGUUUGUUAACUGAAUCAAAAGGAGUAAAUGCACAAUAUUUGAACAUUGUAUCCAAAGGAAGAAACCUGCAAAAUAAAAUUAUUUGCAGAAAUGAA